AUGGAUUCUCACAGGUCGUCUUUUUCAGUUCCACCCGAUUAUAUCACCGGGACUGGGGUUGACAACCAUGCGAUAGAGGUUAGGUGCAAGCUCCACCCUUUUGCCAAGAAAAACCAGGAUGAAAAUGUCCUUCCUCUUUUCGAGAAUACCUUAGUCUUAGGCCUUCACUGGUUCAGUUCUAUUCCUGCUGAAAUGGCAGAAUUGUUCAAGAAUGACGCUGAAGCUCCCCUUUGUUUCCAGAGUUCCUCUGCCUUGGCCUCCUCGGUAGUUCUGCUUGAGAACAGACAUCUGGCAGAGGCUCUACACAACCAUAUUGAUGUGGGGGUUGGACCCAUAAUUCUAGCCCAUUUAUUCAUGAAUUUGCACACAGCCACGCUGGAGAAUCCUCUGAACAUGUCUGCUCCUGGUGCGUUCUGGAUGAUCCAGAUUUGGCUGCAGGUGUAUUUCCCUGAGUUGAGGUUUCCAGACAUAAUUAUGCUUGAAGACCAAGUUCUGGCUCUACCCUUGAUAUUAGCAGAAGUGCCCAAGAGGUCCAUUAAAGAGUAUCUGAUGCUUUUUAGGCAUUGUACAAAGAGGCCAGCAGCUCAAUGGCAGAUCGUGAUCAGAAGGUCCUAUCCUUGGUUCCAGCCUGGAGACCGGCUACUUGUGAAGGAGCCAGAAGAGGAAUCUGCCAGAACAAACUUCAGGAAGAAAUUCCUAAGUGUUACCCUGCCAAGAGAUCUGCCCCAUGGAGGAGGAAAGCCUCCAAAUUAUCAUUUGGGGGCAAAGUCUAUCAUCCCAACUUCUAUGCAAGGCAACUUGGCUGCCCACAGCUCAUUCUACUCAAAUCCUAUAGGAGUUGCAAUCAUGCCACUUCUUGGAGGGACCUGGAUGACUUGGAGGUGCACAAAGAUGCCAGGGGAGGAGACCCAUAAAUUCAUGGUGCAGACUAUCAAGGCCAUCAAUGCUCAAGCCAUAGAAGAUCCUUCUUUGACAAGGGACAUAGGUGGCCAGUCUGUCCAGGCUGGGGAAGUGAUUGUUACUUUUGUCAUUUCUGAUGGGGAUUUGGAGCUUCCUUUUGGAGAUGAGGAGGAUGAAACCCUGGCAGAAGAACCUCCUGUUGAGGCUACUCCUUCUGCUAGAAGGAAGAGAAAAGAAACUGCUCCUGCUCAGGACAGUGCUGUCAUGCCUGACACUUCUAUUGAAAGUCCUCCUCCUGCUCCUACUAAGUCAAAAAGACUUAGAAAGAGGACUUUGGUGGAGUAUGUGGCCACAGAAGAGCCUGCAGCAGCUCCCACAACCACUUCUGGCACAAAUGCAGAACUUAGGGAGACUUUUGAAGCUGUGGACAAUUUCUAUCUUUGUAUUUCUUCUGUUUAUGAUUUCUGCCUACUUGCAAGAGGAAAUCCCUGCCGAAGUGAUUGCAGAAAGCAUCGCCUCUUGGCGCAGAGACAACAAGAGGUCCCAAGGGCAGAGCUGACUAGUUUAGAGUUGGCUCUUUUUGAGGAUGCAAAGGCAGAGCACUCCACUGCCAUUCCAGCAUCUGAGGAGCAGGCGGAGCACUCUUCAUCAGAGCUUGUGGAGCAGGCAGAACUACCUGUUGCAGUCCCAAAAGCUGGAGUGGAAGUGGCUGCUACUGUUCAUGACGUUGUGGUAGAAGUGCUUAGAGCUACUGGCGUUUUGGUAGUGAUAACCAGCCCUAUGAAGCGUCCAAUUGUUGUCAUGCCUAUCCAUUCCCUUCCAGGUUCAUCUGUACCGCUUCCUAUGCUAAUCUAG